AUGACAACAGAUCCAGCCACAGAAGAUAACCAGAGUGCUGAAAUCUCUCAAACUUGCACAAAAUCACAAGAAUCAAGCGAUAACAUUACCGAAGGCGGCAAGGAUAAGUUGUUGAUUUCUAUAAGGGACUAUGUUAACGACACAACAAAGAAACCCCAAAUAGGAAGGGUUCCAUCACUGCUGCGUGAAUCAAAAAAUGGUUGUUUUGAUCCUCUCGUAGUUUCGAUAGGCCCUUAUCAUCAUGGAAAUCCAAAUCUCAAAGCAUUUGAGGAGCUAAAAAUUCCAAUCGCGCAGAAAUUUUGGCAUGCCUGUGAAAAUAAACUCUCCAUCGAACUGAUGUAUGAAACGGUGGCAAUGGAGGGUGAAAGGGCCCGCGAAUGCUAUGAGAAAGGCUCGGCUUGUAAUGACGAUGAAUUGUUCAACAGAAUAAUGUUUCUUGAUGCUUGCUUUGUGCUUUAUGUUUUGUGUACUAACUUACAGGAAGAGGAACAAAACGAAGUUACUGAACGACUGGUUAAGAGUUUCUACUCUGUGUUGAGGGACUUGCUCUUGCUAGAGAAUCAAAUUCCUUUACUAGUACUAAAAGUUCUGUUGAAAUUCAGGUUUCGAAGAGAAAAAGACCAGACACCAUUUAAACAGAAGUUCCCGAAGCCGUACAUCUUAAUGCCACCUCAUUCAUACACUAAUGCUGUCGAGAAUUUUCUUGCACGAAUGAAGGGACGCAGCACUACAAGUGGUCAAGAAAUGAAUAAAUGGAAACUAGAGUUGGAUUCAAGCCCUCACCUUCUACAUCUACUGCGGGAACACUUCGUCAGUCCAUUUAUGCAUGAAGACUCAAACAAGAGCUUAUUGUUCGAAUGGGAAUCGCGUCGUUCAGUAACUGAGCUCAAAUCAGCAGGAAUUCAUUUCAAACCAAGCCAAACUGGAAAUUUUACUGAUGUAGAAUUCAAAUCUCACCUUAUUUAUGGUACUCUUACACUUCCUCCACUCAUUGUUGAUGAUACAACAAAAUCUUUCCUAUUAAACUUGGUAGCUUAUGAAAAGUGUCCCCAUGGCCCUUCUGAUUUGCACAUUACGUCAUACAUUUGUCUAAUGGCUUCACUCAUUCAUCAUCCUGAUGAUGUUAAAGAGCUCGAGAAGAAAAGAAUUCUUGUCAGCUAUUUAGGCAGUGAUGAAAAAUUGUUUCAACUCUUUGACGAGAUAUCUAAGGAUUUGGCACCUGAUUCUUUUUCAUAUGCAUAUGCAAACUAUCAGAUUGAAAAUCAUUGCCAGAAAAAAUUACCAGCCUGGGUACAAUCGUGGAUGGUUGAAGAAUGGAUGCAUAAAUAUUUUAGCAGUCCUUGGGCUUUCUUGGCCGUUCUAGGUGCAAUUAUCGCCCUUUUCCUUACAGCGGUACAGACAUAUUUUACUGUUUUUCCGCGCAAAACCUAA